AUGCCGUUCAAUACAGAGCUCACACGCGCCCUCGGCAUCAAGAUACCCGUUGUUCAGGGCGGCAUGCAAUGGGUAGGCUAUGCCGAGCUGGCCUCAGCAGUCAGUAACGCUGGAGGUCUGGGAAUCCUCACAGCCCUGACGCAACCCUCGCCCGAAGACCUCCGCAAGGAGAUCCGCCGCUGUCGUACCAUGACCAAAAACCCCUUCGGCGUCAACCUGACCCUGCUCCCCGCCAUGGUGCCUCCCGACUACGCCGCCUACGCGCGCGUCAUCAUCGAGGAGAAAGUCAACAUUGUCGAAACCGCAGGCAACUCGCCCGGCCCCGUGAUCAAGCAGCUGAAAGCCGCCGGCACGACGAUCCUCCACAAAUGCACGACGAUCCGACACGCGCAGUCCGCCGUCAAACUCGGCGUCGACUUCCUCUCCAUCGACGGCUUCGAGUGCGCCGGCCACGUCGGGGAAACCGACAUCACAAACUUCAUCCUGCUGUCGCGGGCGCGGCAGAGCCUGGGCGUGCCGUUCAUCGCCUCGGGCGGCUUCGCCGAUGGGCAAGGACUCGCGGCCGCGCUGGCGCUGGGCGCGUGCGGCAUCAACAUGGGCACGCGCUUCAUGUGCACGGUGGAAGCGCCGAUCCACCAGAACAUCAAGCAGGCGAUUGUCGACGCGCAGGAGACGGACACCGCGCUCGUGCUGCGGCGGUGGAAGAACACCAGCCGCCUGUUUGCGAACAAGGUCGCGCUGCAGGCUGUCGACAUCGAGAAGACGAGCGCCACGGGCAAGUUCGAAGAGGUGGCCGAGUACGUGAGCGGGAAGCGCGGGCGCCAGGUGUUCCUCAACGGGGAUCCUGACUUCGGGGUGUGGACUGCGGGACAGGUGAUUGGGCUGAUCCACGACAUCCCGACCAACGAGGCGCUGCUGAAGCGGAUCGAGCGCGAUGCCGUGGCCACGAUGCGCCAGAACCAAUCGCUGUACGUGGACGAGGGCCAGGAACCCGUUGCGCCGCAUGCCAGCGUGGGGAAGAAGGAGAACAACCCCGGUGCGGAGAUCUGGGGGAUUGGGAAGAGCAAGUUGUAG